AGUUUUCCUCCGCGCGUUGAUUUCAUACCAAACUCUCAUACUUGGCAUUCCGCCUUUUUUUCCCCUGUCAAACACUAUUGUUUUAGGUCGAGUAAAUACCUACUAUUGAGAAAAGUAAAUCUGCCGUGGAAACCAAAGUGUAACGAGGGGAGAGCGUGGCUGAAGGAGUCAAGCAGGAGAUCCAUUGUAAGGUGUGUUGUGGCAGGAGCCGUCAUCAUUGCUUCGGAGUGGAGUUGCCGUGGCAGCCCUGAUGGGGCGCAGGAGGAUAGUGGCGAUGGAGAAGCGAUGGGAGAUGGACCGGACCGUGGAUUGGACGGGGACCCAGAGGGAGUGUGGAGUCCAGACAUUGAGCAGAGCUUUCAAGAAGCUCUGGCCAUCUAUCCUCCCUGCGGCAGGAGGAAGAUCAUACUUUCAGAUGAGGGGAAGAUGUACGGUCGGAAUGAGCUGAUAGCACGCUACAUCAAGCUAAGAACAGGGAAGACGCGCACACGGAAGCAGGUGUCUAGUCACAUUCAGGUUCUGGCACGUAAGAGGGUACGAGAAUACCAGACAAGCAUCAAGGCCAUGAACUUGGACCAGGUAUCCAAAGACAAGGCUCUGCAGACAGUAGCCAACCUCUCAUCUGCUCAGAUUGUGUCUGCUAGUGUGAUGAAAGCCCAGACUCCGUUUCCUCCACCAGUUAGAUUUUGGCCCGGCCCUUUGCCAGGACAGCCUGGACAUUCUCAGGACAUCAAGCCCUUCGCACAGCCGCCUUUCACUACAAUACCAGCCCCUGUCCCUGCACCUAUCAGUUACGAGGCCCUGCCUCCCCCUCGCCCUGCAGCAAUAGCGGCGCCUGUAUGGCAAGACAGAACCAUUGCCUCUGCAAAACUCCGGCUACUGGAGUUCUCAGCUUUUAUGGAGAGACAGAGAGACCGGGAAACGUAUAAACACCUUUUUGUACACAUCGGCCCAUCGAAUCCAGGCUACAAUGACCCUGUGUUGGAGUCCAUAGAUGUGAGACAGAUUUAUGACAAGUUCUCUGAGAAAAAAGGAGGCCUGAAGGAGCUGUAUGAGAAAGGGCCACACAACGCUUUCUUCCUCGUUAAGUUCUGGGCGGACCUGAGUAGUGACAUUGAGGAAGGUUCUGGCGUGUUCUACGGAGUGAGCAGCCAGUACAGUGGAAGUGAAAACAUCACCAUCAGUGUCUCAACAAAGGUCUGCUCCUUUGGCAAACAGGUGGUAGAGAAGGUUGAGACUGAAUAUGCACAUUUGGAAGGAGGAAAGUAUAUGUUCCGCAUCCAUCGCUCCCCCAUGUGUGAAUAUAUGAUCAACUUCAUCCACAAACUCAAACACCUGCCUGAGAAUUACAUGAUGAACAGUGUACUGGAGAAUUUCACCAUCCUACAGGUGGUGUCUAACAGAGAAACUCAGGAGACUCUACUGUGCAUCGCCUUUGUCUUUGAAGUGUCCACUAGUGAACACGGAGCACAGUACCACGUGUACCGACUAGUUAACGACUAGCAGCACUUGACGUGCAUGCAGAGACUCUCCAAAAACUUCUUUUUUUACAGCAUGAACACUAUUUUAAGCUCAAACACACAGAAUCCUUACGUUUCUACUAUAAACACAUAUUUGUUUUCACAGACCAACAGUCACACUGUAGUCACACCUUAUUGGAAGUGUAUGCCUUUCCAUCACUAUUUUGAACCACCCCAUGACUUAAACAUUUUAAACCUAUCUACAUAGAUUUUGAUCAUGAAGCAGUGUUAUUGCUGCUGCGCACACAGUCUCAGUGUCCACAGGGGCAACAUGUCAGCUGCAACACUGCUGGGGAGCAAGUACUUCAAGCCUGUUCACUUCACAUUAAAUUUGCCAUUAUUACCUUAGAUAAUCACAGGGUGUGACCUGUUUCAUACAAAUUGAAUUGUAUAUUUGGUUAGGAAAGAAACCUGAAACAGAGGCACUUUUGAGUAUGUUUAUUUCUUGGACAUAUUCUACAGGUUAAGACGUAUAAACAGCACUAACAGGCGUAAUAAUGCUGUUAAUCUGUCUAUUGGACUAACUGCACGUGAUUAUAUUUUUUAAACCUAGAACUGCACACAGCUUGUUGAUAAAGUUUAGGUGAUAUCUCCAAUAGAAGUAUGUUUUAGAAAGGGACUUAAGAAAUUGCUGACUCAGUUGAUUGGAUUUUCUUUGACAGAUUGUCUUAAGAGUCUUAAAGACUCGGACAACAAAUGCUUGGUCUGCUGUAGUUUUCAGUCUGACACUUUGAACAGACAAAGACCUCGACCAGAGGAUCUCAAUUUAAUGUUGAAGUUCGUAAUGGUACUCCAGAUGUGUGGCGUAGCAACAGUGUGUGAUGGAGCUCAAAUUAAGUUCACUGACACAAGUCUAAAGUAGUAACCAGCAAAAUGGCUAAAUUUAAUGUACUCAAGUGAAUCUGUCUACUUCCAUCUUUUAUAAUGGAAAUGCAGCUGUUUACUAAAAAAACAAGAAAAGUUAUGUUUUCACAAGCAUAUGCAUUUAAGUCAUAGGUGUGACUAAUGUGAGACGAGUUUGAAGAUAGGUUGGCAAACAAAUCAAUCAGUGUUAAUGUAACUCUCUCUUCUACAGUUUGUAGCAUCUCUGUUAGCUAUGAAUUGAAUGAGCCAAUAAUGGCGUAUCCUCUUUCACUGCUUACUGUGCUAUCACGAUGUCCAGCUGCUCUAAUCUCAGCUCCUUGUGAUCACAUGACGGAACAUACGAGUGUGCCUCUAUUAGGGAAUGUAAUGCACUACAUGUAAAGACGUUAAAGCCGUAUUUAUGUUUAAUACACUACGUCAGAGUGUUAAAAAAAAAAAAAGAUCCAUUAUUUGGGUGCAUUUGCUGUUUUUAAAGGGUUUCAGUGGUACAGAGCGUGGAGGGAAAGAUCCAAAUCUCAAGGAGGUGUUUAUUAAUUCGGCUCACUUGUAUUUAGAAACAAAAAUGGUCCACAACCUGAUUCAGUUUACACUUGGGUCUCAGCAGCAUAUUGAAUGAAAGAAUGAUCUUUACUGUUCAUCAACACAAUACUGUUAUUACUGUGUGGGCUUGCUGCAGUAUUUCUACCUCCACGUGAGCUGGGAUAAGAAUGUGCUUUGGCUCAUAAAGCCUUAACCUUUGGAGCACUGAUGUAUAGGAUGUGUACACUACACUUGUGAUGGUACUGUUUAUAAGCCAAAACAAGUUAAAUGGAUUCAUUUUUUUGUAAAGAUUGACUAUUAUUUUGUAUUUCCACCACAGCUAGAAGUGUUACUCUAAAUGUCACACAUGAUAGUGUUUCUGUUUUUAUCAUUUUAGUAUGCUAAAUAAUGUAUGGUACGGAUUACACUACGGUCGCCCACAGUGCACUGGGGGACAUUUUCGCCUGAUAACACUAGCAAAUUAUCCAGCUUACUCUUUUUUUUCCUCUCUCUAUUGUUCUUUGUAAUGAUUGUGCAUACUGAUACACAUGUCUGCCAGUGUGUCAUUUUUUAUAGAAAUUUUUAUGCGACUAUUACACCUUCUUCUGGCAGGAUUAUGUUAAACCAUGUAGAAGGUGACAAUGAUUGAUGUAAACCAAGCACCAGCUGGUAGAAUUUAAAUAAUAUUCACUGUGUGGUCUGACAAGAUUUGUAUUCUUUUUUUUUUUUUUUUGUCUUUGUAUCCUGGAUGGCGGUGUCUCAUCACUCCUUUGGUCAAGUAUACUCAGUGGAUUAAAUCUGUGCCUUUAUGCUGUACCAAUAAAAUCACAUGGUGUUUGCAGAAACA